AUGAGUACUCCCGUAAUUGGUGGCUCAGACUCAGGUCCACCUCUAUUGUACGUUGUACCGCCGACCUUACAGCUCGAAGAAGCAUGUAUUCCAGGCACCCGCCAAUCGAUCAUAACCACCAUCACCAAUUGGCUCAACUCUACGAAUAUCACAUCCUCCAAGGUCCUAUGGCUAGCCGAUAUCAGUGGAAGUGGUAAAUCAGCCGUUGCACGCCACAUUGGUUACACCACUACGCAAUCCAACCAAUUAUUAUGCUCGUUCUUCUUCAAGAGAGACAUUGAAAACCAGUCCAACACUAGCCAGGUUAUCUCUAGCAUGGCUCGCGAGAUUGCCAGAGGUAGCGGGGCAAUUGCAGCAGAGAUAGCUCAGGCUGGCUCGUUAGGUGAAGGCGCUGGAUAUGUAGAAGCCUUCCACUCUCAGAUUACAGUCCCUUUGAGCCGCCAUCCACCCGAACGACCCUCCUUGAUUCUUAUCGACGCACUGGACGAAUCAGGCACUCCAGAUAGACGCGCUCACUUUCUUGAUGCUUUAGUUCGCGAGGUACCCCUCUUACCAACAACAGUAAAGAUCAUGCUUACCAGCAAACCAGCUCAAGAUAUCGACGAUGCUCUGAAUAAGCUAUCCACUGUUACAGUCGAUGAUGACGAUGAGCUCGAAGUCUAUCGACUCACUUUUGAUGUAUAUGGCCAAGACAACCGACGUGACUUGCGCAGGUAUAUCUCUCACUCUUUCGAACGCAUUGCACGACUCAGGCGGUCUAAUGGCUUCUCUCUGCCCGAGGUCUGGCCAUCGAACCAACAGAAACAAAGUCUGGUGGCACAUGCGAAUGGCUUAUUUCUCUGGGUCACGGUUGCUGCUGAUUACGUGGCUUGCGCCAAUGAUCCAGAAGAUGCACUGGAAGCCCUUCUCGCACUGCAAAACCGACCCAACCCUGAAGCGGCCAUUGAUGCUCUGUACAAGCACAUCCUGCGGUCAGCCGAAUCGAACCCCGACUUUAAUUUUCCGACAUACUAUGAUAUACUUGACUUGGUACUCUCGGCUCCCAACCCUCUGACUCUAAGUGAACUAUGCGCUACUACUAAGCGAGAUGUAGGCCCAACGGUAUGCUGUUUGCUGCCAGUCUUGCGCGCCGCACCAUUUGUUCGCAUCGUACACCAGUCUUUUCGAGAAUACGUCCGUGAUGGUCAAAAGUGCGAAACUAGAUUCCUCAUUUCUCGAGGCACACCAGCAACGAAUGACGCCGAAGUACCUCGCUCUCCAAUCAAGGCCAAGUCACGUCAGAGUUCUAUGGGUAACAAUACCGUGUACCCCGGCUUUCCACUUCCGAGUCUUGCUACUGUAGCAUCAUACCCAUAUGCUGAGUUGCUGGCUCCUGAUAUAGGAGAUCAAAUCGAUCCGAAUUCUGUGUCUCAGUAUCCCGCCGCCAGGGGUGCUUUUGGAGAUAUUUGGAGGGCAAAACACCUCGAUGGACGUGACGUAGCGAUUAAAUCCAUUCGAUUAUAUGGAUCUCUUGCUUCAUUAGGCCGACACAAACUCGAAAAGAGUUCAGUUAAAGAGCUGAUGGUGUGGGCCAGAUUGGAUCACCCCAAUGUAUUGCGUUUGUUGGGUAUUUGUGUUUUUGGCGGUGAGAUCGGGAUGGUAUCCGAGUGGAUGCCGAAAGGCAAUGUGACCGAGUUCACGAUUAAUCACCCAAAUGCCAACAAACUCAAGCUGUGCUCGGAGAUCGCUGAUGGGCUGGCGUAUCUGCACAAUGAAGGAAUCAUUCAUGGCGACCUUAAGGGAGGGAAUGUGGUAAUUGCGGCUGAUGGAUCAGCGCGGCUUGUUGACUUUGGCCUGGCAAAGCUGACUGAGGAGGCGCUGAAGUUUUCGACGACAUCUGCUCAGCGCGGGACAACUCGGUGGAUGGUAGGUAGCUAUGAGAAUCUAAGAAAAGCCUAUACUGAUAUGGUGAAGCCUCAUGAAUUGAUGAACCCAGCGGAGGAAUCGAGAGCAGUGAUUACAUUUGCGUCCGACGUAUAUGCGCUUGGAAUGACCUUCUUGGAGAUCUACACGGGCAAUCCGCCAUUCAUGGAGAUGCGUAAUGAUUUUCAAGUUAUGUUUGCGGUAAUCCAGGGAACUCUGCCUCAGCGACCGUCACCAGAGGCUUCUCCACAGCUGAUAAACCAGAUGUGGGAUCUGAUGACAUGGUGCUGGGCUAGGAACAAUGAGAGGCGACCGAACGCCAUGACCGUAUCUGUAAUGACUCGGGGCCUGUUACACAACAAGGAAUUUGGCUCACAGCAUUAUUCGGCAGUUGGUGAGAAUGCAGUCGCCAUGAAGCAUGAUAUCAACGAGGAAACAAUAGCCGGUUCGGAGAUGCGGGCAAUCCAAGAAUUCACGGUGUAA